AGCGUGUUAACAUGGCAUUGACUUGAUGUUGUCUUCAGAAAGUGGCGGUCGCUGGUGAUUCUGGCUGGAGUAUGGUACACCGUCCGAGCGACCGUUGGUUGGGAAGAUCCUCCAUGCCGCCAUCUCUUUACAGGCUUGUGUAAAAGCGAAGGUUUCUUGUCGGAUGUUCCGUACUGGACACUGGGGUGUCGAUAGCAGCUACAGACCCAUGCCGCAUGUUUCAGCAUUCUCUGUGUGUAGCGGUAGAAUGAAAAGGUUUUUGAAACUUAUUGUGACAACUGUGCUUGUUCUCGCUGCUCGAGAGCUCUUUUAUUAUCGUAAUGGUUUCCAUAACAAGGACGUCCGAUAUGGUGACCAGAGGCUCCACUCACAAGCAUACGUAAGUCAGGAUACGAUUCAGACAGAACAAAUUUACAGGAGAGGUCAUAUAAACUAUGCUCCUAAAAUUAUUAUUACCACAAACGUCAACCCCACAUCAUUGGUGGAUGACCGUUUCAUUCAGCAGAAUAAUUCAAUGAAUCUUCACGAAAACGACACAUUAAAUGGCGUGGCUGGAAAUGUUACCAAUACAUCAGCAACGGAAAGAAUGAACAUCCGUAUAAACAAAUUUUUUCACAUUAAUAACGAAUCUGAAAAAGAUCCAUUGCUUAAUUUACAUAAAUUUGCAUACGAUAUUGAUUCAGCGGUAUGCCAAAAGUACAAGCCCGACAUUAUUACCUUUAUCCAUUCGGCCACUAAGCACUAUGAGAGACGGAUGCUAGUGAGAAACACGUGGGGAAGGUCUACAGUCAUUCGGGGUUUCGUGUUGUCACACGUGUUUAUGGUCGCGCGGACAAAUGAUGCAACCAUGCAGAAUAAAAUAGACAAGGAGAAUGAAACGUACGGAGACAUAGUUCAAGGACAGUUUAUGGACAGUUACAGGAAUCUGACAUAUAAACAUGUAAUGGGAAUUCAUUGGGUGCUAUCUAACUGCCCAUCUGCCAAAUUGAUUGUCAAAGCUGACGAUGAUGUACUCAUCAACGUCUUCAACCUCGUUGAAUACAUUUCUAAAAACGAGUUCCGUCAAAAUUUCUUAUACUGUGAAAUUUAUUAUGAAGGACUUACACGGAGAGAGACAUUAAACAAGUGGUAUGUGAAGAGGAAUGUUUAUCCAUUCGACAACUAUCCGACAUAUUGUUCAGGAAUGGCCUAUUUAAUGUCACCGGAUGUUGCAAGGAAAUUGUACAAAGCGUCUGAAACUACGCGAUUCUAUUGGGUGGAUGACGUUUACGUCACCGGUAUCCUUGCGCUGAAAGUAGUGCCGACGUUUCGGCCCAUGGUAGAACAUCACAGCUGGCGACAGAUGAGGGUCUAUUACAGGCGUCAUAUGAAUCAGUUCAUGUUUCUGCUAGGAACUCGUUUGUGGGAGAUGCUUUGGAAAGCAACUUUGAACUUUACGCCAGAAAAGUGGAAAAGCGAAACGUAGAUUUUCGAGGAUUGCGUGAUUGCUAAACAGUGUUCAACAUUGUGUUUUAUUUUUGUUUUUUACAUUGGUCGUGUGUUUAUAUCUGUGGUCAUGAAAGGUUUAUGAUGCUUAGAGUGAUGAUUUAAUCUGCGGGUAUGUCGAACUUGUUUUUUUAUAGUGGAUGAUAUUGGCAAUUUUCCAAUAGGUAGUUUUAUUUUUCUUAUGACCUUUGAAUCAAAAUGGAUAAUGUCAAAAUAAUACCGAACAAAAGAAGAACAUGCCAGCGUUUUUCUUUUGUUUAAAUGGUUCAUU